GGCAAAAAGCCAAGGCAAGACCAGCCAGUAGACCACGCAGCAGUCAGGCAAACUCGUAGCAACAAGGCGACCGAGCCGUGCCGGGGAGAGGGCGGAGGGCGAUGGCGAAGAGCGGCACGGAGGAGUGGCGCCGGAACGCGGACACCCACAAGAUGAGCGCGGAGGAGGUGCGCGCAACGGGCGUGGAGGCGUCGAUGCGGCCCCCGGGCCGCGGACCCGGGGAGGUGCUGCACCAGCGCGGCCGGCUGCCGUACGGGCCGGGCACCAUGGCGCUCGUCGGCUUUGGCAUCGUCGGCGUCAUCGGCUACCUUGUGCUGUACCAGAACGCCAGGCCCGGGACGCCCGCCACCGAGGUGGCUAAGGUGGCCGUCGGCCACGGGGACCCCGCUGUCGGCCGUGACCCCGAGAAGCGCCCCGAAGGGAAGUAGAGGUGCAGGUCCGUGGUAGCUGUGUGACAGCUAACAGUGGGGCGGUAGUUUGUGUUCAGCUCUGUUUUUGCUGCUCUGUUUCUCAACUUUUGUCGAGGACUUCGAAAUUUUGCCUUCAGCAUAUCCAACUGUUUCUUAUUU